UAUAAUUUCGGAUUAUGGAUAUUUUGAUAAUUUCGUUGACGGCUGUACACUCCCGAUAGUAUCAGCGGACGGAACACUAUGUUUUACAUGUCCAAAUUCGUUUAACACACAGACAAAAAAAUCCGGAUUUAUCUGCGAUAGUUAACUGUUUACGCCUGUUUGUUCUGUAACUAAUUUGAGAUACGGCCGCUGAAGUGUUGACUUUGUUUUCUGUACGUAACAGAAGACUUGAGAUGGUAUUUAUAUCUUUGCUCUCGACUGGAAUAGUUGGGUGACAUUCUGGUUACGACUUCUAGACGGAACUACAUUGUAUGGGUACUUCGUUUUCAUAUCACUUCGUUUAUUUUUAAAUAGUUUGAUAUUUCUUGGAAAAAAUAACAACACAGCAAAUUAACAAUAGCCCAUAGCUGUUGUCUAUCGCACACUAACGAGGUACACCACCGCCCAGUAUGGAGUUGAAGAAUGUUGGCGUGUCCAUAGUUUAUAAUGUCGUGGACACGGUGGAACCUUGUGUCAACACCUGCCUCUCUUUGACCGGAUGUGUCUCCACAGAAACCUGCCGGAAGUACAUAGAGGAUUACAUUUUCCCGCGUCCUUUGGAAUGGGCCUUUAUAGCUGUGUACGGGAUUCUGUUCUUGUUUGGUUUAAUAGGAAAUGCUCUUGUCUGUUAUGUAAUAUGCCAUAGCCAUCAUAUGCAAACUGUCGUCAACAUUUUCAUCUUCAACCUUGCCGUUGCGGAUUUCCUCGUCAUAUUUUUCUGUCUGCCAACUACCAUGUUAGCAGACAUUACAGAGACGUGGUAUUUCGGUGACAUUAUGUGCAAAAUCAUACCGUUUCUACAGACAACAUCUGUGUCGGUCUCAGUCCUCACACUGAGUGCUAUAUCGGUGGAGAGGUACUUCGCCAUUUGUCAACCUCUCAAGGUCCGGCUAACCACCAGGACGAUUAUCAAGAUCAUUGUGGCGAUAUGGAUAGCAGGAAUGGCGGCGUCUGUACCGGAAGUACUAUUCAAUAGGCUAUGGGAAUCAGUUCCGGGUCAGGUCACGAAAUACCUUGUUCACUGUAGAAAGGACUGGUCGCUUGUCUACGACAACAAUUACCAGUUAUUUAUUCUGGUGGCGCUCUACUCCAUUCCUAUAUGUCUCAUGGCCUUCACGUAUUCCGUGAUUUCCCGCCAAUUAUGGAAGAACGAUAUUCCUGGAACAGCCGAAACUAAUCACGUGUGUUCCCGUUCCGGUUCCACCAUUUCCGGUCCAGAGAGCCAGCUCCAUUCACGUCGUCGAGCUGCCAAGAUGUUAAUGACGAUAGUGGUGAUAUUCGCCGUGUGUUAUCUACCUGUCCACAUCCUUAACCUGAUCAGGUUUACAGAUUCGUUCCGCGGUGUAGAUGAGACUAUCAUCAUCAACAUUGCCCUCAUCUCCCACAUCCUCUGUUACGUCAACAGUGCGAUUAACCCUGUCAUCUACAACUUCAUGUCUGCCAAGUUCCGGAAGGAGUUCCGAAUGACCUUGACUUGUUGUCGGUGUCGUCGUCGGCAAAGCUCGUCACUUGUUCCACCGGGUACGACGUCAUCCGCACGUAAUAGGAGUUCUAUUCCUCGUACAGAAAGAUUCACCAUGAAUACCGUGACGAUGAAACAGCCCGGAUGGAUUACGUCACCACGGUAUUCUACCGGAAGUGAGAAAGGAAAUCACAUACGAGUGACAUCUACCCGAUAAUUCUAACUGGCCGUGGAGACGUCGAGCUUAUGUUUCUAUAUGUAGUUGUUUAUUCAUAUAAUGUGCUUCUUAGAAGAUUCAGGAAAGGUUUCAAAGGAACAGUCACAACAUGGAUACAGUUAAACUUUACAGAUAAAUUGUUUAAUCAAGCACUGAGUGAUUUUACUAUAGAAAAUAUCAAUAAUAAUGCUUUUCCAUCCUGGAAAAACGAUGUGUCUUUUGGUGAGGGGUUUAAUAGAUACGCUCACCGUGACAUAAGGAGAAGUUAUAUAUAGGUAAAUUUAUCAAGACGAAUAGGUCACCUCCGUGAUUUGCUACUCACUCUACCGGAAGUCAGGAUAUUACUUCACUGACAACGUAUAUUUGAUUAACGAACCGGAUGAAAGGUUCCGUGACUGGCAAGAGGCCGGACAAAUAACGUGACCCAAUGUCUUGCACAUCGUAGGAGGAUGACCCUUCCAGUCCCAGACGAUAUAUGGGGAGCGUCUCAGAACAUUGCCAAUGUAUAUUGAAUUUCAAAAUGGAAGAGGAAAUUGCGUGUCCGGGAUUCGGACCGGACCUUAUCAUUAUUCGUUAUCUUUAUAGAUCAUUAACAUUAUUAGCUGAACUCGGUACGUGUUUUAUUUCUGAUUUCAUACUACAAUAGAAAAAUAAUGACAGUGUCAACUUGCAAGAAAGACAGUUGGAACUCUCAGCGAUAUGUUUUGUUACUUAAAUUACGAAUAUAAAAUCAGAGGAAAAGUAAGGGAUUUUUAGUAAAAUUCGAUAUAUAUAUAUAUCCUAUUGAGAAUGAAUAAUGCAAUAUUAUUUUCUUCGCUGUAAAUCAAUAAUCCCUGAAUGUCUUGGUUCCUUUAUGAUAACUGCCACAGACAUUGGUAUAAGAUGGUGAUCCCAGGGGUUUGAAGUCCUUACGUCGUUACCGUGAUAACUGCCACAGACACUGUGUAUAAGAUGGUGAUCCCAGGGCCGUGUAGUCCUUGCGUCGUUACCGUAUUUAUAUGUCAAUCGGACAAUAGAACCAAGUGAAAGCUUGUCCUGACAAGUGUGUAUCGGUAAUGUAUUCAGUACGUAAAGGGUACAUCUGUUUUACAGGGUAACAGAGGCAUCAAAUGUAACAUUUCAUAGAGUAUAGGGAGUAUCGUGUACUAUGGACGCGUUAACAUUAGGAUUUUUUGUUCAUUUAAUAAGAAAUAGAGAAAAUCACUAUACAGUUUAAUGAAUAAGUGGAAAAAGAAUGAAUGCAUUUUUCAUAGAAUAGUGAAAAUAAUCUUACCAUAUAUAACCAGAAAACGCUAUAAUUGCGUGAAGUGUCUCAUUCAAAAGCGCACACAGUUUCAUUGUCCAGCGUGAUGUCACCAGUAUAUGUUUAGAUAUAUACACAUGUAUAAGUAAAAUAAGGGUGGAACGUAGAUUUUAAAGAGAGAUGAAAUAUUCUUUUCAUAAUGUAAUUCGACAACGGGUAGUAUAUUUCUUUCAGGAAUUUAUACAUGAAAUAUAUAUAUAUGUCCAAAAAACAGAUAAAAUGUACAUGUUUGAGAAUACCAUCAGUAUGGAAAUUAUACGGAGUAAGAAAGGAAUGACUCUGCAUUUGUUGUGUAGCAGAAAGAUGGAAAAUGCAUUUCACAGAGGGAUACAAUGAAAAGUUUACGGAGAAGUAAAGAAAGGUUACAUUUCACAGAGUAAAAGAGAGAUGAAAUCUUUAUUUCUUAGAAUAACAAAUGAAGUUAAUAUUCCAUAGAGUAACAUUCACAUAUAAUGAUAGCCAUACUAUGUUAACUUAAUGAAGCAUACAUCCUGAAUUCUUACAUAAAUCAAAGGAACAUUAUAAUAAUACGAUAUAUUCCUCAGGGAGAAAACUCAAUUACAGAACAUAGAUAAUUUCUGUGUAAGGUAGUGAUUCAAAAUUAUUUCUCAGAGUUAUAAACUACGAAAAGAUUAAUAUUUUGCAAACAUCUACGAGAAAUACAAUAAGUUGGGAAUAUAUGUGGUAAUGAAUCAAGAAGCAGCUCUUUCAUUGACAUUUUAGGUUGAUUGUUUUUCAGUUUUCUGAUGAUUUGAUUUUGUCUUUGUUUGAAUACAUAUAAUAAUUCGAUAACCUUUAUUGAUAAAAUCAGAACAUUUACCUUAUAGGGGUAUUGGAAAAGCUUCGGGUAUUUCCGUCAUAUUGUUGAUGUUAUCCGGGACCAAUCAUGACGUGACGUCAAAGUUAAAUUAUGGCGAAAUCGUUUAAAUUUGUUUCCGAUUGACGAUUUCUGAUUGAGCUGCUGGUACUGUAACUGUUGAAAACAAGAUAUUGCUCCCGCAAUAAUGGAUGUUCCACCAUUUGGAAUAAAACAUUUCAAAUUUAGAGCAGUGUGGAGAAUAGAGUUAAUAUGUGUGAAUAUUUUCAUUAGUUUUCAAAAAAUGAAUUUUUAUCCUUACAUAUUGUAAACUAUAUAUGGACCAAUAUACUUCUACAUCUUAUUUUAUAAUGGUAACAUUCCUUUCAUUUAUCCUACCUUUUGGUUUGUAAACAUUUGUAAAUAUUUCAGCUUCCCGUUCGUUUCAGGGUUAUUUCAUUUUAAUACAAUUGAAGCCUAGUAAGCUUUUAAUAAUAAACUUAAGUUAAUGUACAACUAUUAGAAAACAAGUUUAAUCAAUUUAUAUUUAUGACUCCUGUUGGCCCAGAUGGUAGCUAACAAAGAGUCUUAAUGUGGAAGGUAAACGCAGUACCCUGAGAAACCCCACGCGGUAGGACAUACGGUCCAAUACCAUGUUACGUCCGAUAGGAGCAUAUAACGCCUUCGUCUCGGUGAAAGACAUCUGUGGAAAUGCAUUAGAUCAUCUGCCCGACCAAGUAUGAAUAAGGAAGCUUCUUUUAUUUCAUAAAUCAUAGAUAAAGCUAGCGACUAAUUCACAUAUCUCAAGUGUUAAUGUAUAUCUGCCUCACGAUAAAACAGCGAUAUUUGCAGAAAAAUAUUAAUUAAAUAAAUCUAAGAAACAAUCAUGUAAUGGAAAUAUGAUGGUAUGUUUAGGAUACAGUAUGGCUUUGAUAUCCACGAUUCAUAAAAGAUAAUAUCAUACACCAUGUUCAUUUUCUUUUAAAUCUUAAAUAAUCGUACGUUUACUAGGAAAUAUUUCGCCCUUCACUGGUACAUUGGGAGGUCCAUACUCACCGAGUGUUUUGACAUUCACAUGUAGUCGCUGUACUUAUCAAUUUGCCCUCAUCAUCACGGAAGUCGCAAGGCGGAGGUAAACUACGGCAAACAUAAUUAUAUAAGUCGCAGCACUGCCGAAUACAUAUUACUGUCAAUAUAGAACGAACAUGUCAAUUUACGUGCUCACUAGAUAUUGUAUUCUUCCCAAUCAUCACUUUUAUUGAGAACGUGUUAUGUAAUAUGACAUGGUAGAUACCACCGUUUACGUACUUUUAUGAUAUAUAUUUUAUUAUGACUGAUUUCCUGUUUUGUGUACUGUGUUAUAUAAACAGUGACUUGAUUCACGUGUUGAUUAUUAGAAAAGUGCGACUUUUGCACGGUGUAAUAUAAUGUUUAGAAUGCGAUAUACAACAAACCCAAUAUUUGACUAACAUUAUAUUAUUGUAUAUUAUAAGCUUAUGAAUAUUUUUGUGAAUAAUCGGA